UUACUGUCAAUUUUUGACCAAUGUCAAUUUGACAGUUUUAAAAAUAUAAAAUCAAUAUGAAUCUAUCUCUUUGUUGUUAUUAACUUUGUUAAUUUUGAAAGAAACUUAAAUAUUCUGCUCUUAUUAACAUUGUUGUUAAAUAAUUCUUUCUUGUAUAAGGAAUUUUUUUUUAUUGUAUCUGAUAAGUUUCAUCAAGUGUUCUUAUAAAAAAUGCUUUCCUUAAACUGUGAAACAAAAAUACAUUAGCAAGUUUCUUUAAAAUUAUUAUUCAUAGCUUUAAGAGAAGGACUUAAUUAAAGUCCUGUCUCUUUUAUUAAUUUGAUAUUAAGAGGCUAAAGUAUGAAAGGUCAAGCGGAGAAAAAUGGAUAUCGAUAAAGUAUCAGCAUGCGUGAGAAGUCAGCAGAAUGUCAUGCUCACGCAGGUCACGUGAGGGGCACAACAGAAAUGUGCUCACGUGAUCCUCCUACAUUACACUCAACUCUUACCAAGGCAAAUGGUAAAAAUUCAAAUCCCCAAUCAACACAUCAUUCAGAAGCACGUAUUGAUAAUAAUUUACUUCCAACUCCUGGUGGACGAUUAAAAUUUUUUAAAGACGGAAAGUUUAUUUUGGAAUUAUCCCAUCGUAGGGAUGGAGAAAGAACUACAUGGUUUCCAGUUCCAAAGAAAACCUUUUGGCCACCAGCUAGUACAACUCCAAAUAGACAAGAGAGUUCUACUUCUCUUAGUGUUUCUGAUGAUAAUUCAUCAGUACAAUCAAGUCCUUGGCAAAGAGAUCAUUGUUGGAAGCAAGCAAAUCCAAGACGUAGAAUAUCUACAGAAUUUAGUUUUUAUUAUUAUAGAAAUCCAAAAAAUCGUCUGUAUGCGCAUCCUCGCUUAAUCGCAAGAAAGCGUAGACGUCCAUUAGAUCCUUCUUCUUUGUUACUCAUUCCAGAAUCAGUAACAAAUUAUACUAAACCAAUUCGUAAAGCAAAUGGUACAUCAACUGGAAAGGUUUUGAACCUAAUUAUCGACAAAUUGGCACGUCUUCUAGAUCCUAAUGUCGUUUCACCUCGUAAACGUAUUUUACGCGAAUUAGAAAGAGUCUCAUUAGAAGAUCAAGCAUCGAAAAGACGUGCAACACCACAGCCAGUUUGUACAACAGCUCCUACUCCAUCGCCAAAACAAUUAUCUUCAUAUAGUAUAACGAGUAUUUUGGGAGAAGAUAAACCAAGUCAUGAGCAAGGUUUUUUGAGGAAUUUAUUAAAACCAGAUGAAAGGCAAACUGUGAAAUACUCAUCAAGUAACUCAUAUCCAAGAGUACGAAUGGAUCCAUACAUUGGUACGGCUAAUACACCUCUUCAGCAUCCACUUUAUGGUGUACCAAUGUUACCUCCUGGACCAUAUAGGGCUCCUUUAUGGAUGCAUUAUCCAUCACCCGUCCAUUAUCCACCUCCUAUGCCAUUAUAUGCACCACCACCACCUCAUCCACCAUCUCCUCCAGUUCAUCACUACAAAGAUUACAGGGAACAGACUCUUACACCUCCUUCAGAUAUGCCUCUAAAUCUGUCGAAGCAUGCGGGUUGAAUCUCAGGAUCCUAAAAGUUGGUGCCUUAUCAAUGGAUAAAACUGCGCAAACACUGCCCGUGCAACGACAAUGCGAUAUAUUAGUAUUUUUUUAUCCGUAAACAGUAGUAUCAUAGUAAGUAGAAAUAUGCAUCUAGAAAGACAAAAACUGGAUGCUAUUCUUGUACAUAUAAAUGCAUAAAGUAUAGAAAUUGGCAUAGAUAUUUUAUAUUAAUCUUAAAUUAAAUCAUACACAUGAGUAGUAUUAUAUUAUUUUAAUUAUAAUUGAUCUUGUCUUAUGUAUUAUGUUCAUUUUUUUUUUAUUAAUUAUUGGUAAAAUAUUUUAAUAUGGUUUUUUCACUAUAUGGAAUCCAUGAAUGUGUUCACAUUGUAAAAUUUGAUUUUUAUUAUUUUUACUACUCAUGAUAUAAAUAUUAAAAUGAAGAGAAAAAAGAGCAUGCUCUUAUUUUACAUCUCAUUUAUGCAUUAUCUUGUUAUUCUUAUUAAUAUUUCUGUCAUUAUUAUCAUUAAUCAAUGACUAUUCAUUUUAAAAAAAUCAUAAGAAAGACAUAGAAUUAUGUACAGAACAGAUUAUUCUCUAUAUUUAGUAUAAAUAUUCCUACAAAUAGUAAUAUGAUAAUAAAUUUAGAUUAAUGAAAUCCGCAACAGUAUACAUUUAUUUAUAUGAUAUUAAUGAACAAAAAAUGAAAUUGCUUGGUAAAGACCGUGGGGUGUGCCUUAAGAUUACCUAAAUUGCAAAAAACUAAAUUAUAAACACAUUCAUAUAAUGAAUAUGUAUUAUUAUUACUACUAUUACUAUUGUGUACAUAUAAAUAUAAUUUUGCCUUACGUAUCCGCCUCAAAUCGAUUAUUCGUUACUAUUUAUUGUUAGUCAGAUGCAUUACCAAACGUUUUACGUGAAAGGCAAGCUCACACAGGCUCUACAAACUAGUGAGUAAUUUUAAUUCAUUUACAUACAUUUUUUUAUUAAAACAGAUAAAAUGUGACUGCGCGUAAGCAAUUGUAUAGAAAGACUAAUUUCGUAAAUAUAUAAAUAUUUCAUAUACUAUAUGAAAGCUUUUCAUUUAUCGUCACGUUAUAUGUUUUUGUGUUUAUUCGGUUUUAUAAAAUAUCUUUUAUUGUAAAUAUAUUUAUAAAUCUAAA